UUGGAGUCAAUGUAUAACCGUGGUGAAUCUAACACCUGGUUAUUAGGUGACGCUGGAUAUGCCUUAGCGCCUUAUUUGCUAACACCUUACAGGAAUCCUGAAGAAGGUUCAGUAGAAAGUUUAUAUAACUCGCGGCACUCUAAAGCAAGGAAUAUUAUUGAAAGGACGAUUGGGGUUUUAAAGAGUCGGUUUCGCUGUUUGCUAAGUGCUCGCGCACUUCACUACACUCCUGAAAAAGCCACUUUGAUCAUAAAUGUUUGUGCAGCUUUACAUAAUAUUUGCAAUCAUUACAAUGUACCAUACGACGAAGAGGAUAUUGCAGAUGUGCAAAAUGAGAAUUCGGAAAUUGCAAUAGAAACUUCUGAAAAUGACUCUACUCCUAUGCGACAAGCUGCAGAAGAAAUCAGAAGAAAUGUACUGUCUUGUUUGCAUUGAUUUUUACUAUAUUUCUUUAGGUUUUUAUCAAAAAAUAAUAAAGCUUCUUGCUUCAGGUACAAACUCAAAUCCAUUGUUUUUUUAAUAUAAAAUAAGAUCACAUUCGUAGCUUAAAAGUAAAUGUAUCUACUUAAAGAAUUCAGUCCACUAUAUUUUCUAAACUUACUUAAACA